GUAAGGAAAUAAAAAUAUUGAUGACGUCUUGUGUACGUGUAAAAGCCAGCAAAAAAGUUGUAUGCGUGUCUUGUGUUUUCAAUAUAUAGAAUUGUGGACAACUGUGUUACGUUAAAUAGUUUAUUUCGCUGAGAAAGGUCUUACUAAAUUUAUUAAUAAUGCCUGCUCCAGCAAGUUCAACAUCUGUAGGGUCUAGCAGUAGGUCACCCAGCAAAGCAGGUGUUCCUCGAGGUGGAUCAGGAGGUACAGUUAAACAAAGAAAAAAUGCUCCAGCAACGUCUGCUCGCAACCACAAUACUGGCACCUCGUCAGGAGGUAUGUGGAGGUUCUAUACAGAUGAUUCCCCAGGAAUAAAAGUAGGCCCUGUUCCCGUUCUUGUAAUGUCUUUGCUGUUCAUUGCUUCAGUAUUUAUGCUACACAUUUGGGGGAAAUAUACAAGAUCUUAAAUCAUUAAAUAUCAUAAAAUCUUUUUAUACCCUAUUUAAACAAGUGAAUAUUUUACAUCUUACGGUAUAUGUGUGAAUGGAGUUAUCAGUUUAUUCUGAGUAU